AGUUUCUGUUUUCAACUGCAUUGUGUAUUCGCUUUGUGUCUCUCUCUAUUUUCCGAUCUUAGUUUUGUGUGUCUGAGAAUGACCGGAAAAAGUGAAGGUCCGGCGAUUGGAAUCGAUCUUGGAACCACGUACUCAUGCGUUGGGGUAUGGCAACACGACCGCGUUGAGAUCAUCGCGAAUGAUCAGGGUAACAGGACAACACCGUCUUAUGUUGCUUUUACUGAUAGCGAGCGUCUCAUUGGUGAUGCUGCUAAGAACCAGGUCGCCAUGAACCCGAUGAACACGGUCUUCGACGCCAAGCGACUAAUUGGUAGGAGAUUCAGUGAUGCAUCUGUGCAAGACGACAUGAAAUUAUGGCCAUUCAAAAUCACACCAGGGCCUGGAGAGAAACCAAUGAUCGGGGUCAAUUACAAAGGGGAAAACAAGCAAUUUGCAGCUGAAGAGAUCUCUUCCAUGGUGCUCAUCAAAAUGCACGAGAUUUCCGAAGCUUUCGUUGGUUCAUCUGUCAAAAACGCAGUAAUCACCGUUCCUGCUUACUUCAACGAUUCCCAACGCCAGGCCACCAAAGACGCCGGAGCUAUCGCUGGUUUAAACGUGAUGCGUAUCAUCAACGAACCCACUGCUGCAGCCAUCGCUUACGGAUUAGAUAAGAAAGCCAGUAGCGUCGGAGAAAAGAAUGUGCUCAUUUUCGACCUUGGUGGUGGAACUUUUGACGUCUCGCUCCUCACAAUCGAAGAGGGGAUUUUUCGAAGUAAAGUCCACCGCCGGCGACACACAUCUCGGCGGCGAGGAUUUUGA